AUGACCGAUGGCGAGGAGGGGGACCGCACCGUGCCGCGGGAGUUCCGAGAGCUUCCGGAUCACCACGACUCCUUCGAUGACGAGCUGCCCAAGGAGCCCAAAGAGGAGCCCAAAGAGGUGCUCAUUGAGGACCUCACGCCAGAUGUGCGCAGCUCUGCCGCAGUUGGAACGUUGGGCCUCUAA